UUUCCAAAAAGAUUCUAGGAUCUCACGCACCCCUAAACGUAUAAGACGAAAUACAACAAAAUAGUGGAAAGAUCUCACCAAACUAGUGCUUUCAAACCCUCCAAAACAGCCGAAGUUGGAGCCCGAAACCGAGAUCAAAUCUGCCCCAAAAUCUCACGAAUGUGCUGGCACAAAUUGCUUCAACAAAGGAGAAAUAUGGCUGCCUCAAUUUUGUGUCUUCACCACCGAAACACAAACACACACAGCACUCACGGUUUCUCCCCUUUUUCACCGUAGCGCGCACACACCAACGCUCACUCUCUGUUCUCUUUUGCCAGCAAAAAAACAAAAGUGAAAAUGACGGCCACACAUUAGUCUUUUGGGCCAAACACUAUUGGGUCUAUUUUCAUGGGCAAAAACUCAACACCUUUCACCACUACAGCUAAAGAUCUUUUGUUACCAAAUUACACCCAAUUAAGUCUUACGAAUGCCAAAGGCAAACCGGUUUCUUCCCUUUUAGAGAUUAGGAUCUUUCUCAAACUGGGACAAUAUUCCUGGAAUUUUUGUCUUUGCUCUUUCUCUGUCAACCACGAGCUUUUGAACCUAGUGGUCCACAGACUCUGCACUUACAACCUAGGGGAGUCUGAUUUUGUUCUCCCUCACUGAGUGAGGGCGAACAAUACCCUCACUCUCAUUGAUUGAAAAUUUGUGGGUCGCACAAAAAAGUAGUCCCAGCUAUACCUAAAAGGUGUGUGUGGUAGCAAGUUGCUGAUUACUGUCUAGAAGGUGCGUACUUGUGUUGCAUAGAUUGUCAUGCCAGAGUAAAAGGGUAGCUUUUCGAACUGAAAUUUCCGGUGGGAUGCUAGUCAGUAUUUUAUUUAGGAGGUUUAUCAGGGUUAGCGAAAUAGUUGCUUCCAUGUAGCAUAGAACGUACCAGACUGCUGAGCUAAAAAGCAGAAAAUCCUGAUGGGGUCAUGUAUGGGGACAACGUGCAGGGUGGCUUAAUUAUUUGAUUCGGUUGCUUUUGCUGGUUAUCAGAGUUGUCAACUCUAUGAAGAAAACGGGUAGUUGAAGCAUUACCCAGACCGAAACGAAAAUGUGUGACUCAACUUUAGACAUAAUUAGUCAUGUUCCGGGCAAUAUACUAGAUAAAAUCUUGAUGUGUUUGCCUCUACAAGAUGCAGUGAGGACAAGUAUUUUGUCAAGGAAAUGGAGAUAUGCGUGGGUGAAACUUCCUCAACUGGUAUUCAAUCAGACGUUCUAUAGAGAUUUGUCCAAAGCAACACAUACUAAACUCAUGAUGAUUAUUUAUCAAGUCAUGUUACAUCAUCGUGGACCAAUAAUGAAGUUCACACUCUCUUUAUCUCGACUGGAAAGCUGUUCUGAGAUUGAUCUGUUGAUACUUUUUGUUUCAAGCAAUGAUAUCCAAGACUUCACCCUUCACAUUUCAAAGGGGGAACUUUACAAGUUGUCAUCAUCGCUAUAUUCGUGUUUGCAACUGAGGCAUUUGAAUCUCAGUUCUUGUAUGAUUAAACCUCCUCCUGGAUUUGAAGGAUUUACCAGGCUCAUUUCCCUUGAUCUUUGUGACGUUGUCAUUACUGAUGACGUACUUUCAAGUCUGAUCUCCAAUUGCCCACUACUUGAAGACUUGAGACUUCAUACCUCCACCAGUUUACAUUCCCUUGAAGUUGUUGGUCCAAAUCUUAAAUUUGUACACUGUGACGGCCAUUUCAGAUCUAUUUGUUUCACAAAUACUUCUCGUCUUGCAAACGUCUUUAUGUAUUUGAAAGGAGUGAGAGCGGAGCUAUUCUGUAGCGAAGAAGAAAUAUCUUGCUCUGUCAUGCUUCUUGAUAGUGUACCUGUAAUUGAGUCUCUGGGAUUGGACUUUUGCUAUGUUAAGGGCUUAGCUGCAUCUGGUUUACCAACAAGGCUUCCAACAACUUUGAACAACCUUAAAGAUAUCACGUUGUAUGAUAUUUGUUUUGGGAAACGAGAUGAGCUCUCUAUUCUUAUGUGCUUAAUCAGAAGCUCUCCGAACUUGGAAGAAAUUACUAUUGAAGCAUUUCCCGGUGGGACUUCUGAUAUUCCUGUUGAUCUAGAUUUUACGGAAGUGCAUGGCUGUUUGGAUGUCUCUUUGAAUAAACUGUUGUAACGAACGCUAUGAAUGCAAGCUAAGAACGAGAAAUUGAAAACUAAACAAGAAAUCACAAAGACACAAGAUAUACGUGGUUCCCCAAGAUGGGUACGUCCACGGGCGAGGAGAGAGAGGAUUUACUAACCAACGUGAAGAAGAGAUACAAAGAGCCGGCUAUAAUCCGUAACUCUAGAAAGGCCACAAUAUGAAAGCCCAAAAGAUAAUUUCUAGAAGUACCCCAAAAGCCUUAUUUAUAAUAGGCUACAAAAACGGGAACAACAUAAUUAACCAAUGUGGGACUAAAGAAUACAAGGCAUUCCUAACAAUUCUCCACCUUGACUUGAAUUCCACUGAACCAAAUCACCAAAUAUAGCUAUCCCCUUCUAACCUCUCACUCGCCAAAUGCCCCCGAGGGGCGAUCAACUGCAAAUACCAAGCAAGCCCAAGCAAUGCUUGAACUUGGCAACCGGAACCGGUUUAGUCAACA